UCAUGUUUACUUUUUCUUUCGAGUAAAUCAUUUGUGAUAACUCCAGAAGCGCCUUCAGUUGAUCGUUAUCCAGUAUGGAUGAGGAAUACGAUUGCAUUGUACUCGGAACCGGCUUGACGGAAUGCAUCAUCAGUGGAAUGCUGUCUGUUUCUGGUAAGAAAAUCUUGCACAUGGACCGGAACAAGUACUACGGGGGAGAAUCUGCAUCAUUAAAUCCAUUAGACGAACUUUUCGCCAAGUUUGGACAAAGUGAUAGCGCGAGUCUCUAUGGACGUGGAAGAGAUUGGUACGUAGAUCUGAUCCCCAAGUUCCUCAUGGCAAACGGUCAACUGGUGAAGCUGCUGAUUCACACGGGAGUUACGCGCUAUCUGGAGUUCAAGUCUGUCGAAGGAAGCUACGUGUACAAAAGUGGAAAAAUCGCCAAAGUUCCUGCGGAUGACAAAGAAGCUCUUCAGUCAGAUCUCAUGGGAAUCUUUGAGAAACGACGCUUUAGAAGUUUUUUGAUUUACGUUCAAGAUCUCAAAGAAGAUGAUCCAAGUACAUGGAAAGACAUGGACCCAACCAAAACAACCAUGGCUCAGGUUUACGCUAAGUUUAAUUUGGACCAAAAUACGCAGGAUUUUACUGGACAUGCACUUGCCCUUCAUAGGGACGAUGAGUACAUUCAUCAGCCAGCUUUGGCUACAUUUCGUAGGAUUAAGCUUUACAAUGAGUCUCUCAUGCGAUACGGUAAGACACCGUACUUGUAUCCUCUCUUCGGAUUGGGAGAACUUCCGCAAGGAUUUGCGAGACUCAGUGCAAUUUAUGGUGGGACGUAUAUGCUUGACAAGGCGGUUGAUGAACUUGUCAUGGAAGACGGUAAAGUGGUUGGUGUGAGAUCUGGAAAAGACAUCGUCAAGGCGAAACAAGUUUAUUGCGAUCCAUCUUAUGUUCCUGAUCUUGUUGAAAAGAUUGGUCAGGUGGUGAGAUGUGUCUGCUUGUUGGAUCACCCAAUUCCGAACACGAUGGAUGCGACGUCUUGUCAAAUAAUCAUCCCACAGAAACAAGUUGGGCGCAAAUCCGACAUCUACGUGUCGCUAGUUUCGUACAGCUCGAGUGUUGCUCCAAAAGGAUGGUUUAUUGCUAUGGUCUCCACUACGGUGGAAACUGCGAAUCCCGAAGCUGAGAUAAAGUGUGGUUUGGAUCUUCUGGGUCCAAUCAAACAAAAGUUCGUCAUGGUGAGUGACGUUUACAAACCGAAGGACGACGGAAGAGAAAGUCAGAUAUUUGUUUCUCGUUCCUACGACGCGACGACUCAUUUUGAGACGACUUGCAGCGACGUUUUAGACAUUUUCCAGCGAGGAACUGGGGAAGCUUUUGACUUCUCUAAAGUCCGUCAUGACCAAGGGGAAGAUGCCGAAUGAAGCUUUAAGAAAAGAAAUGUUUGCUUGGAAAUGGAUUGUGAAUUCGCUUUUAGCAUGCUGAAGGUUGCCUGGCGACGAUUUCCCCCGGAAAUAUUUGUUGAUCGCACUCUUUCUCUUGUGAUUUGUUGGCAUUUUCUUUUUUUUUCCGCAAAAAAAAGGGAAUCAAAAUUUAUUUUCCUGUCGUGAUCUGUUCCUGAUGUCAUUGUGCUCUCCGAAGAUCUGUUGAACCAGGAAAAUCGUAUUCGAGCGCAAUUUUCAUUCGGUUGCAUUUUGCAGCUGUUGUAAAAUUGUAAAAGAAGCUAGAAAUUAUAUAUUCCUUUCGUUUUUCUCUGAAUUGUGACGCACUCUUGAGGGAUAAUGGGUUUUGAACACUGUGAUUUUGUUGGAUGACCAGUUUUUAAUUUCUGAGAACAUCUUGCAAGCAUUUAAUUUUUGGUUGUGAUGCGUUCAGAUGGAUCGAGUCUAUGGAACACCAGGCUGAGGAUCAAUUGUGCUUGCUUCCGUAUUGGCUUAUUUUGUUGUAUUCCUUCCGUUCUCGUCUUUUUGUAAAGUGCGAGCGAUUGUGAUGCUUGUAGAUGUGUACUGUGCUUAAAAACUUUGCCCCGAA